UGUUUUAAUGCCCAAGAGGUUUGACACAUCCACUUUGACAGUUCAGAAAUAAAAAUAUUCCACAACGAAUUUGUAUGUUCAUCAUUUUUCUUUGAAUAUUUUCUUUUAAAAUGUCGAUUUAUCAAACAUCAUUAUCUGAAAUUGAAAAGGAUAUACUAAUAAAAACAGAAGUUUGCGAAACUGAUGAAUUUCGUAUAAAGACUGAGCUAGAAAAUUUACAUUUGGUUGGGGAAACGGAUCCACAGAUUUCGGCCAUCGAUGAUAUCACCACCGCAUUCAACUUUAUGUACAAAUUACUUGAUGAAAUAAAAGGAAUCGCAACACAUAAGGAGCGUUUGGGUAAAACUCAGCGUGUCAUUGGCUUAUCGACAUCGUUGCUUCAACUAGUUACACAGUACGAAAGGGAUUUCAACAUAAAUCCAGACAGUACAACUCAAGAUGGCACACAAAUUGGCUCAUUAAUAUGGUAUCGUGGUGUUUUGGGUGUCAUUGAAGAGCUUCGGAAGAUUUUGAUAGUAGAAGCACAAAACGCAGCUGUUGAUAAUGAAACCGCUGCCCUUCGGUUCGAGAAUCUUUUGAAGAUAAAGAAGAAGUGGCAACGAAAAGCACAACGCCGUUAUCCAGGGGCACGUUAACACAAAAUGUUAUCGAUGUUUUGUAUGUACAAAAUCAAUUGGUACAAUAAAAAAGCGUGCUUGAAACUGGGUGUUGUUUUUUUAGUCGAUUUAUUUGGUAUUAUUUUAUUCGAUGUUAUUUUGGUGGACGACAUUUCAAAUAUUUGUCGUUCGGCUCGACGGACGGACGGACGGACGAACAAAUACAAAAUCUCAAGUUUCGAAAACUUCAACAUGAAUAAACUUGGAAGCCACGAAAACUUCUGCUGUCGCAAAAUGUCAAAUGUCAGCUGGUCUAUCUUUUGAUGUUAUGGAUGUUGUGAAUGUUACCGAAUUUAAAUUUGCUUGUUUUUUGCUCAUGGAACGAGUUUGAACCAUAUCUAUUUUAAGCCUAAACAUUGAAUAUUCUUUCCUACAAUACUAGUCACAUCAUUUGAGAAAAAAGAUUGACAACAUUUUAUUGACACAUUUCAAAAUGUAUAUUCGAUUGAUUUAUACAAUAAAAAAAAAUUAUAAAAAAUUAUUAAUUUGAUAACCCACAAAUAUUGCAAUACAGCACAAAAUUAAAAGAAGUAAUUUUGAUGAAGCUUUCCAAAUUUUUCUUACACAUGAUUCUUAUCGUCUUUGAUAUUGUUGUUCUAUCGAUAUGGAAUAUGGAAUAUCGAUAUGGAAUAUGUUUCGUUUCCGGUCAUUUAAAAAACUGAAAGUUCACUGAAUUGAGUGAUGAAUGAAUCAAUAAAAAUUCGUAUACUAGUUUUAUAUGCAUAUUAUGGCUACUUGUUUUUUAUGUGUUUAGUACGAUAUUUGAUUUAAAAUUUUACUUUUUGAUAAGAUUCGUUAUUUUUAGAUAGAAUUCAAUCUUUUAGCAUUUUUUUCGUAACAGAAGAGAUUGAAUGUUCUAAUCCCCAUAAAUUUUAAGACAGGCGUUUUCUUUUACCAUAAAGAAUCUUUUAAAAUAAAUACGAUUAUUAUGAAAUCGUAAUUUUUCUUGUGUUUUACUAUAUGGGUAAAUCACUGCAACAAAUAGUUUUUGAACAUUUUAUGCACUUCAAAAAAUUUGAUGGUCGCAAAUAGAUACGACCAUACAAUAAUUGUCGUUCUUUUCUUUCUGGUUUAACCCAGAGAUAUCUUUGGUAAAGAAAUUAGUCGUAGAAAACACAUCACUGGAAUUGAAAAUAAAAUUCCGCACAAGCAGUAAUAUUCUUUGUAAUCAAAUAUAUAAGUCAUAUUGCGUUAGAAAUAAUUCAACUGUUAUAUAUUUGGUCGUGGUUUUACCAAACGCCUUGUUUCACAAGACUUAAUUCGUGUUAUGCACGAAUUCCAAUUGCUGAAAAAUGAUGUUUAUUCGUCGCUUUCUUGGUCUUCGACUGCGUCAGAAAUUUCAUUUUGUAGUUCAGCCCAUUUGGGCAUACCUACACUUUAUUGAAGCCAAAAUUGAUUUAUUUUUCUUCUGAGGUCGAGUAUGUUUCAAAUAUAUGCAAAUUUUUUCCGCACCCCCUGUGUAUCCAAAAAGGGCGACCAUGAAAAUCAGGAUAUUAACACCAAAGGUCAUAUCUCCCCAGCCAUGGGAGGAAGGGCACUACCUUGGGUCAAAAUUUUAGUACUCGUGAAUACUUAUCCAACGGUAUACAUAACAUUCACAUUUGUCUACAUUAUAUUCGAAAAACCAUUACAAGAAAAAAAUUAAAUUUGUUGGUCAAAAAAAUAAGUUUAUCCCCGUUUUCUGGGCCAAUGGGUGGAUUUAUCAAUGGGGUGUGUUGGUGAAAGUUGUAGAGCGACUCAUGAGGAACAAUUUUGCUGCAGACCAUUUUGCCCCAUCUUGCUUAACUUAAAAAUACACAGUCAAGAAGACAUUUUUGUCCCAUUCAAGAAACUGGCCACCAUUUUUAUGAGUCAUUAAAAAAAAAAUUAUGACGCGAUAUCGAAAAAUGGCUUUUGCAGCUUUGAAAUAGACACAAUUUACUAACUAUUCAAUAUAUUUACCUUCAAAUAAUGUUAAAAACACUUCAAACUGUGGGUGUGUGGAAAUUGUUCGAAAAAACUUUUUUUUUGAAAAUUUCAGACCAAUUUCACAAACAAGCGAUGCGUCUAUUCUCUUCGGAAUACUACCAAAAGUGAGCGUUCGUUGAGCUAAUCGUUUGGUAGUAAUUACAUCUCGCUGCUACUGCCAGAUGUCAAAAAUACUGGACUGUCCCAUUCAAGAAGAUGUCCCAUUCAUGAAGACAUUCCCUUAAUCGCUACAGCUCAUGCUUUUAUUAGCUUUUAUUAUAAUUUUUCAUAGUAAUACCAAUUUUAUUUUAAUAUUUAGUAGAAAUGUAUCCAAUUUAGACAACAGUAUUUUUGAAGAAUUGUAUGUAUAGCGAAUAGUGGUGGUCACGGUCGGAGGCCGCAGAGCGCCACUUCGAAGUCAUUAGGGCUGGUGGCUAGGCUAUUCGAUUCGGGAGUGUCUCACUGCUUGUCAAAUUGUAAAUGAAUUGUAUAAUGUUAUUCAGUCUGUGAUUAGACGGUGAAAUAAUUAUUAUUAUUAUUAUUCUGCACCAUACAGCGUUUCUUCGCCAUAGGUGGUUUAUUUGGUAUAAAUAUUUGGUUAUAUAUUUACAAUAUUUAUAAUGAAUUCGUAUUUUCAGUCUCUCCAAGUUCUAUUUCUUCUAAAAUAAUCAGUUAUUCUUUGCUUGACAGUGUUUGUGCUAACAUUAAAAUCAAUUAAAUAAGUUUUAUAUUCAAAAAAA